AUGGUUGUGUAUUUGGGAUCUAGUUUUAUCCAGGAAGCUUUACGCAGAGCCAGAGAGCUGACAGACGCCGCGUACGCUCACACCAAUGACAGGGUGAAGACGUCCGUAUCAGACGGUUCUGUCCGACCCAGUGAUCUGCUGGCCUUGUUCAAACAAACCGGCCCCAAAACCAGAACCCACGUCAGAUCUGCUGAGUUUCUGGAUAAUACGGUAGAGCUGAUUAGAGAGAUGGUUUACACACACUCCAUGGACAUACCCGACCUCACCGAGCUUUUAAGUGCAGAAGACAUGGAGACCAUACUGCAGGUUACAGGCUGUUCCUCAGAGACACUGAGACCCGUGUGUAAAUCUGACUGUCUGUCCAAACGUUACCGUACCAUCACAGGACACUGCAACAACAGAGGAAACCCUCAAUGGGGGGCAGCAAACACCCCUUACACCCGCUGGCUGUCGCCGGAGUAUGAGGACCCUCGAGGGGCCCCCAGGGGCUGGAACCCACAACACACCUACCACAACCACACACUACCAUCUGUCCGCAGCGUGUCGCAGGAGGUUCUGUACACUCAUAACGAGAACAUCUCUCUGGACAUGUCUCUGUCUCAUCUGCUGGUGGAGUGGGGUCAGUGGAUCGAUCAUGACCUGACCUUGACCCCUCAGAGCCCUAGCACAGCGGCCUUUAAGACCGGAGCGGACUGCACACGCACCUGCAGCAGAGACACGCCGUGUUUUCCAAUACAGAUCCCUCUUUCCGAUCCUCGCACAGGGACUCAGAGCUGCAUGCCGUUUUUCCGCUCUGCUCCAAGCUGUACGGUUCCACUCGGUCACCGGGAGCAGCUGAACGCUAUAACGGCAUUCGUGGACGCCAGCAUGGUGUACGGUAGCUCAGAUGGGCUCAGCGGGGCCCUCAGAAACCUCUCGUCCCCUCUCGGCCUGCUCGCCGUCAACCAGUUCCACUCAGACCAAGGGCUCGGCUUCAUGCCCUUCCUGACACGCACGCAGAUGAACCUGGACCCCUGCGGCCCACGAGAGCGGAUCGACCACAUCCCGCUAUCAGAGACAGAUCAAAGACUCAACAUAUCCAUGGGGAACAGAUCGUUCUGUUUCCAAUUGAUGAUGAGCUGUUUUUGUGUGCGUGUCUCAGGUGACUCUCGGGCCAAUGAGCACUUGGGUAUGAUCGCUUUGCACACGCUCUUUCUGAGAGAACACAACCGAUUGGCUGAGGAGCUUCACAAGCUCAACCCACACUGGAGCCCGGACACGCUGUACCAGGAGGCCAGAAAAAUACUGGGUGCAGUCCACCAGGUCUUGACAUGGGAUCACUACUUGCCCCGCGUCCUGGGCCGCAGUGCUAACCUGGCCCUCAUGCCCCCGUACAAAGGUUAUGACCCCGCAGCUGAUCCCAGCAUCUCCAACAUUUUCUCCACCGCUGCCUUUCGAUUUGCACACGUAACCGUGCAUCCGGUUGUGAACCGCCUCGGACCUGAUUACCAGUUGAGCCCUGAGCACCCGGCUCUGCCGUUACACCACUCUUUGUUUGCAUCCUGGAGAGUCGUGCAAGAGGGUGGCAUUGAUCCUGUGCUGCGUGGUUUGCUGUUGUCCCCGGCUAAACUGCAGACAGCAGAUCAGAUGAUGGUGGAGGAACUGACCGAGAGGCUCUUCCAGGCUCAGGGAGGGCUGCCGCUCGACCUGGCGGCGUUAAACCUGCAGAGGGGACGAGAUCAUGGCCUACAAGGUUACAGUGCGUGGCGGGAGCUCUGCGGUCUCUCCGCACCUGUGAAUGAGUUUGAUUUAGCAGGCAUUCUGGGUAAUGGAGUUCUGGCCAGGAAGCUGCUGCAUCUCUAUGGAACAGCUAAGAACAUAGACGUGUGGGUCGGGGCCAUUUCAGAGCCGGCUCUGCCUGGGGGCCGCGUGAGGCCCCUGCUGGCCUGCUUGAUUGCCAAACAGUUCAAAGCACUCCAAGACGGGGACAGGUUCUGGUGGCAGAAUGAAGGUGUGUUCAGCUCCGCUCAGAGAGACGCGCUGCGCACCACAUCUCUGUCCUGCAUCAUCUGUGACAACACACACAUCCGGCUGGUGCCCUUUGACCCCUUCGCGCACACACUCCACCCCGACGACCUGCUGCCCUGUGCACGCAUCGGCCACAUGAACCUCUCAGCGUGGAGAGAACCUGACACCGCUGGUAUUAGCGACCGAAAGAAUACCCGGUCUGUGGCGCGGUCCUGCGGUUGA